AUCAUUAGGCGCCCACUAAAGUGUCGCGUCUCCAUGACGUCGCCGUAGCUGUAGCAUUAGCUUGACAGCAGCACAUACUCCAAACAAGAACAACAACAGCAAGGAUUGUGCAACAUAAAUAAGGAGAUGUCGGCUUUGUGUGGCACCACCAACGGCUGCCAAGACGCAGGUCAAGAGGCGGCACAGAAACAGGAGAAGGAGCAUCCCCGCCUGCUCAUCCCAGAGUUAUGUCGGCUUUUCUACCAACUGGGGUGGGUGACAGGGACAGGAGGAGGGAUCAGCCUCAGACAAGGAGACCAGAUUUACAUUGCGCCGUCAGGUGUCCAGAAAGAGAGAAUACAGCCAGAAGAUAUGUUUGUGUGUGACGUGGAGGAGAGGGACAUCAGCUGCCCGCCCGCAUGGAAGAAGUUAAAGAAGAGCCAGUGUACGCCGCUGUUUAUGAACGCUUAUACAAUGAGAGGGGCACAGGCAGUUAUACACACCCACUCCAAGGCUGCUGUCAUGGCAACACUGCUGUAUCCUGGCAAAGAGUUCAGGAUAACACACCAGGAGAUGAUCAAGGGGAUCCGUAAGGGCACCUCAGGCACCAACUAUCGGUAUGACGACACCCUCGUGGUUCCAAUCAUUGAAAACACGCCGGAGGAAAAGGACUUGAAAGACCGGAUGGCCCGAGCCAUGGAGCAGUACCCUGAAUCAUGCGCGGUGCUCGUCCGCAGACACGGCGUCUACGUCUGGGGCGAGUCGUGGGAAAAAGCCAAGACCAUGUGCGAAUGCUACGACUACCUGUUCGACAUGGCAGUCCAGAUGAAGCAGAGCGGAUUGGACCCUUCAGCCCUUCCCACGGAGGAAAAGGGAAUAGUUUGACAUUCAUUGGUGCUUUUUAAAGAGACAUUUGUUGCUGAGAGCUUAGUGGAGUUCAAUCAGGGGAGCAGAUUGUAAUCAUUUGCCUUUCACGCCAGCCUGCUUCAAAUUUGAUGAAAUGUGAUGGGAAGGGCAGAUUCAGGGCUGAGGCGGAAUGAAUGGCUGUGAUCCGGGAGUACCUGGAGGGACACUGUAAAGCUCUGUGGGACAACUUACGAGUGAGCGGCUGUCAAAUCAGAGUCCGCAGGUUCAAAUUAUUUACUAUUCAAGUCUGAGUGCGCUGGAAUGAGGUUCCCAGGAUGUCAUGCAUGUCUCAAUUCAGUCUGCCGUCCGUUGCCUCAGUCAAUUAAAAGAAAUGGUACAACAUCAUUUGUAAGUCCCUGAAUUUAUUGUUUAAGCUACCAGUUUAAGCAGUUGUGAUAAUUUUCAAUACAUAUUUUGAGUUAAAUGGUGCAUAAAUUAUGGUAUGAAUGAACACUGUCCAACUGGGAGAUGCAUUUUUUAGUUUGAAAUACCAUAAAGUAUUACAAUAUUUUGAAGGAUUUGAUUGAAACAAUGUUAAUUUUCACAUCUAUAAUUGAUAAAGUAAAAAAUAACAAAGCCUUCUUCAAUCUUUGAGAUUUUUUUCCAACUUCAUCUGGUGCCACAAAAUGUGUUGAUCUUCAUAAAUUAAGGGCUCUCAUUUCAAUAACUUCAACAUAUAGUUUUGCUACAUACAGAAAUUUUGCCUUUUUUAGGCACUU